AUACCUCUGAAAGCCAAAUACGACAAACCCUUCACCCGGAAAUUGAGUCCGCCAUCAAUAAUAUUACUAACAGUGAAUUCAUGGCUUAUUACUUCUAUGAACAGCUGGCAUGGUACUUCAACCGCGACAGCGUAGCGUUGCCAGGUUUUCACGAGUUUUUUAAAAGAAGUGCUGACGAUUUGAUGAAGGUUGCUAGAAAGUUCAUGGAGUACCAGAACAAACGUGGUGGUCGUGUCAUAUUGCGCGACAUUGAGGCGCAUCCAAUACGUCCCGGCUGGACACCCCUGGAGGCCAUUACAAGGUCUAUAUUCGUGGAACAGACAGUCAAUCAACACCUACUGAAACAGAACGCAUUGGCCGAUAGUAUCAAGGAUUCUCAUUUUAGCAACUUUUUGUCCAACUUUAUAAAUGAAGAGGUUAUCGUUCUUAAGGAGUUGGCUGAUCACAUGACCCAAUUGCAACGAGCUGGCCCAGGAAUUGGCGAAUAU